AUGAACGCACUCGAUAGAAUUCAAAAAUCUUUACAAGAAAUUUCUGAAUACAGACAAGAAGUAAUUCAAGCUUCCAACCGUAGCAGCACUUAUGAUCAAGAUAAUUUGAUUUAUUGUCAAAACUUGGAAAAAAUUGUUUUUAACGAACUCAAAGUCGAAGAAUAUGGUAUUGCAACUGAUUACUUAUUUGAGUCUGAUGAAGGAAUUGUGAAAUUCCUGAUUAAAACUAUUGGUGUCAAUGAUCCAAAUCUUGUCAAGCUCAAAAUUGCUUUCUUAGAAUUCAUUUCUCUUUAUAUCGAAAAGAUCACUCCAAAUUCUCAAAAUGUUUACAUUAAAAUCAAGGAUAUGUGUUAUUCUAUUUUACAUAAUGAUUCGGAUGCUCAUGUGAAAGCAGCAUCAUUUAAACCAUUAAUUGUAAUGCUUGAUUUCGAACGAAGAAUCGUCGAUCCUGUAAAAUUAGAUAUCAAAAAAAUAAUCAAGCAGUAA